UAUCUAGCAUUUGAGAUUUAAGAAAAAAAAAAAAAAGGAGGAGGGAGAGAAAUGGCAGGCCUAGGUUUAAGCGUGAUUGGUAACAUAGCAGAUAGGUGGAGGGAACUGAGCGGUGAGAACAACUGGAAGGGUCUUUUAGAUCCUUUAGACUUUGACCUUCGUAGUUCUAUUCUUAACUAUGGCGAUAGAGCCGUAGCUAUUGGCGAUGCGUACAAUAACAAGAAGUAUGAAGAUUUGCAUGGGUUUAGCCGUUUUCCACCAAAUGAGUUGUUCACUAAAGUCGGUGUAAGAGCUCGCAAUGAAUUCGAUUAUAAUGUGACUGACUUCAUUUAUUCAAGACUAGAGGCUCAAUUGUUCGGCAUUGUCAUUGAAGAUGAGUCCACUUGGUGUGCGUAUGUGGCAGUGGCGACAGAUGAUGGAAAAAAGAAGCUUGGAAGAAGAGAUAUUGUUGUUUCUUGGAGAGGAACCAUAUUGCCCGGAGAAAAGCUCGAAGACGUAGAAUUUAUACCAAUUCCAGCUUCAGAUAUGUUUCCAAAUAAUAACAAUGAUCCUCUUAUCCACUCUGGCUUUCACCAAAUCUAUACAACAGAAAAGGACAACUCCAUUUACAACAAGAAAAGUGCCAGGGACCAGGUUCUAAAUGCAGUGAGCAAAUUGGUUGAUCAAUACAAAGAUGAGGAAGUGAGUAUAACAGUAACUGGCCACAGCUUGGGAUCGGCACUUGCGACCUUAAACGCAAUGGAUAUAGUUUAUAAAGGCAUUAACAAGCCAACAGGAACUGCAAACAAAAGUUUUCCGGUGACAGCGAUUGUAUUCGCUAGUCCUAUGGUAGGAAACGAAGGAUUCAAGAAGGUAUUUGAUGAGCUUUCUGAUAUUCAUGUGUUAAGGGUAGAAAAUGCUAAAGACCCAGUUCCUACACUUCCACCAAAUAAAUUAAUUGUAAUACCUCAGCAUCGUUAUUAUCAUGUGGGAGAAAGCUUACCAAUUGACACUACACUCUCACCCUUCUUAAAGACUAGUGAUGUUAAUCCACAUGAUUUGAACGUCUACUUGCAUGGAGUUGCAGGAACACAGGGCAGUAAAGGAGGUUUUAAUUUAGACUAUCCUCUUGAUACUGCAUUGAUAAACAAAACUGUAGAUGGUCUGAAUGAAAAACAUAAUUACAAUAUACCACCUAAUUGGUGGGUUGAGGAGAAUAACGGUAUGGUUUUACAAGACGAUGGAACCUAUAAGGCAGAAUUUUACAUUCCAGAUGCUCCGUAAUUGGAAACCAACAUCUCUCUCUCUUUUUAUAUAUAGAAUAUAAAAUAAAGGGUGCCAUGGGUUGGCUUCUACCUUCUAAGUGAUGUGUUACCAGUAAAUCAAAUAAAUUAGUAAGGCCAUAUGUAUGCCUUCAUCAUGUACUUUUCAAUUUGAAUAAAAAGACAAUAAUUAUGUAGAAAUUGAUCUUGCAA